AUGGAUGUACCAGAGGGGAAUGGAAACCCUUUGGGCAAUGGACUCGGUCGAGCUAGGCAAACUCGACCGAUUGGUCUAGGAGAUGCUCCAAACCGCCAUCAACAGAGACAAGGGAUUGUUCCACCACCAGUGCAGAACCACAACUUUGAGAUCAAGCUGGGAAUGAUCAACCUUGUGCAGAACAAGAUGUUCCAUGGAUUGCCAAGUGAAGACCCCAUUGACCACCUUGAUGAGUUUGAUAGGCUUUGUGAUUUGACAAAGAUCAAUGGUGUCUCUGAAGAUGCCAUCAAGCUGAGACUCUUUCCUAUGUCUCUAGCUGACAAAGCUCACCAAUGGGAGAAGAGCUUGCCCCAUGGCACAAUCACCACUUGGGAUGAAUGCAAGAAGGCCUUUCUUGCUAAGUUCAAAGGCUACACAAGUCAGUGCCCACAUCAUGGAUUCAACAAUGAGUCACUUCUACUCUUUAUAGAGGUUGCUUGGCAAGGUAUAGGAGAUGUUGACACAGCCAGCAAUGGGAACUUCCUCAAUCAGGAUGUGGAUGAUGGCUGGCAGCUUGUGGAGAACAUUGCAAACUCAAUGGAAGCUAUGGAGAAGAGUAUGAUCGCACCAACCGGAGCUCGACCCACCACUCGAUCGAGUCCGAUGAGAAAUUGA